AUGGCUGAUGCCACAAUCAUAGAUGAGGUCGAGGAAGUAUCAAGGGCCUACCAACACUGCUUGGAUGUAAGUGAACAAGCCCACGCGGAAUUCGAUGGUACCAUCCAAAAGGAUCGCACUCAAAUUGAUGAUGUUGCCAAAGAGAUCUGCGGAACUACUAGCACUUGCAGUGGGAAUACCAACUCAAUUGAAUUCUUCGAGUGCUACCGGAAUGCAGGUGUCGCUGGUGAAAAAUCCAUGCUAAGAAUCAAAGAAAAAUCGGUGGAUCUGUUGGCCGAGGUGCGUGAGCAAUACCGUUUAAUCGACGUCGAUCAAGACUUCUGUACCACCAAAGCGAAACGUGCCAAUAAAGGUCAGCUUGACAAUAUCUAUGCUGAGUUAGAAAAGUGUCUAAAGGGAGUGAUCCCUGUGCCAACGACCACCACACCAGCUCCUUAGGAUCUCUCUCAAAUGGAAGUCUUAAAAGUAUAUACAAGACGAG